AUGCAGUACCAGAGACCAGAUGUGGAGCUGGACCUCCUGAGGAGCGUGCAAGCUGUGCUUCGGGAACUCGGAGACCAGGCCCCGGCUCUGCAGAACAACCAAGGCAUGUGGAGAUGGUCCCUGCACAAGAAGGUGGAGAGAGAUCCCAGGAAGAGCCCGGCUCUGGUUCGUAUCCUGCUCAGAGAACUGGAGAAGGCAGAAAGUGAGGACCUCCGGCACGUCAUCAUUCCCUUGCUUCACACAAUCAUGUACGUGCUCACAAAGGCCACAGGCAUCACUGAGGAACUCUAUCGGAGGACCUACACCUUUUGCAUCAAGUUACUAACCCUGCCUACCCCCUACUGCACGGUGGCCUUGGAUUGUGCUAUCCAGCUGAAGACAGAGACAGCUGUUCCAGGAACACUGUAUCAGAGAAUGGUCAUUGCUGAGCAGAACCUGAUGAGUGAGCUGUACCCCUACCAGGAGAGUGCCCUGCUGCUGGAGAUCGAGGCGGCUCAGAUGCAGCAGACACCAGAGGCCUGCAUGCGCCACGUGGUCUCCCACGCCCUGCAGGCCGCACUGGGCGAAGCCUGCCACGCUGCUGCUCUGCAGAAGAAGCUGAAGGCUAGCCCGCGCCGCCUCCUGGAGAGGUAUUUCCAUGCCGUGGUGGCCGCUGUGGAGCAAAUGGCUAACGAGCCCCGUCCCAGCCGGGCUGGUCACCUGGAGAAGCUGGAAGAGAUUUACUGCUCGCUGCUGGGGCCCUUAGCGGCCGCGAGAGGUCGCCGCGGCGGUGACCCUCUCCAGGACCAGCCACCAAGCAUCCCUCUGCCCAGCCCCCACAUCUCCUUCCACCUGUGGACGGACGAGGAGCAGCUUUGGAAGGAACUGGUGCUCUUCCUUCGCCCUCGAUUCCAGCUCCGCCUCAGCGCUGACCUAGAGGCCUUGGAUCUGCAUGGCCUCCCGCCUGACCGGGAGUUGGCCCGGGUGUCCGUGCUGUCCACGGACAGCGGCAUCGAGCGGGACCUUCCCUCAGGCGCCGAUGAGCCUCCAGCGUCCAGCAGCCCUGAGCUGGAGCGGGCCAGCCUGCAGCGUAAAGGGGGCAUCAAGAAGCGGACGUGGCCGGUGGAUCUUUGGCUGCCUGGCAGUUGGCACGCACCCCCAGGACUGCACAGGAAGACGGGCGGGCCUGGUGGAGACGGAGAGCUGCUGCCCGGGGUCUCCCGGGUGCACACAGCGCGGGUGCUGGUGCUAGGGGAUGACAGGAUGCUGGGACGCCUGGCCCAGGCCUACCAUACCCUCAGGAAACGAGAGACCCAGAAGUUCUGCCUCACGCCCAGACUCAGCCUGCAGCUCUACUACAUCCCCAUGCUGGCCCCUGAGGAGGCCACAGCAUACAGGCAGGCAGAGCGGGGAGAGCUGGCUGCGUUCCUGGGCCGUGUGGACCGGUGGUACCAGAGCACUGUCAACACCCUGUGUCCGGCCAUCCACAAGCUGGCUGAGAUGCCCCCCUCUUUUGAUACAUCUCGGACUGUGGACCCCUUCAUCCUAGAUGUCAUCACCUACUAUGUUCGAAUGGGCACUCAACCCAUAUAUUUCCAGAUCUAUAAAGUCAAGAUCUUCUUCAGCGAUGGCAGCCAGGACCCUGCUGAGGACGUUUUCCUCACGGAGCUGAAGGUGAAGGUUCAGGACUCCAGAUUCCCCAAAGAUGGUUUUCUCUCCAAGAAGCGAGGUGUGGCAGAGGGCCAAGGGGCCGAGCUCUCCAUCUGCUACCAGAAGGCCCUGCUCAGCCACCGGACACGAGAGGUCACAGUUUCUCUGCGAGCCACUGGGCUGGUCUUGAAGGCCAUUCCAGCCAAUGACUCUGAAGUUGCAGGGCCCACCCACUUCCCUCACUCUGCUGCUCCUGCUGCUACAGACCACACAUGCCUGAACGUCAGCGUGACAGAGGUUGUCAAAUCGUCCAACUUAGCAGGAAGGUCUUUCUCGAUAGUGACGAACACCUUCCGAACGGCCAACAUCCAAAUUGAGAGCCAGGAGCAGAGGCUGCUGAUGCUGUCACUAGACAAGGACAAUCGGCGGACCUUCAAGGAUGUGGUCAGAUUUGAGGUUGCUCCCUGCCCAGAGCCACGUUCUGGGGCCCAGAAGUCCAAGGCAUCAUGGCUCAGUUCUCACCGACAGAAGGAGACAGAGACCAUCAAACCCACACCCAAGCCUCUCCUAAUGCCCAUCAACACAUUCUCUGGCAUCAUCCAGUGA